AUGCGGAGUCCUCAGAGACGUAGGGCCCUCGACGUAUCGCCAGCGGCUCCGCAGGCGCUCCAAGCGCCGGGCCUUAACUCCGCGCCGAGCGCGGGCGACAUUAACAUGACGUGGUACCGCUGGCAGAGCGUCGCACAGCCGAGCGAAGUAGACUGGCGACGGACGAUCGUGAUGACGCCGGUGCUGAAUCAGCAGCUGUGCGAGAGCUGCUGGGCGUUAACGUCGACGGAUAUCGUUAGCAUCGUCUGGGCGUUGGUGAAUAAUCAGACGGCGGAGCCGCUGUCGCCGCAACACGUGUGCGACUGCGCGGCGGGGCAGUGCUGCGAGGGGGGGUGGCCGGAGUGGGGGUUCCAGUUCAUCCUCGCUAAUGGUGGACUCGCUACCAAUGAGGAGUAUCCAUAUGUUGCGCACGGCAACUCCACGUGCCGCAAUAUCGCCCAAGGAUUGCUGAAGGCCAAGAUGACGGGGUGGGAGAAGGUGCCGGUUCGAAGCAACAAGGCGCUGAUGAAGGCCGUGGCGCAGCAGCCCGUGCUCGUGUACCUCGCUUCGGGCACCAACGACUUCAUUAGCUACUCCGGCGGCAUUUUCGAUGGCAAUUGCAGUGGCGACAUUGACCAUGCAAUGCUUCUUGCUGGUUACAAUGUAACUGACCCGGACGGUUCGUAUUGGAUUCUGAAGAACACGUGGGGAACUAACUGGGGCGAAAACGGUUUCAUGCGCUUGAGGAUGUUACCAGACGGGAACGGAAAGUGUAACGUGAUGAGCGAAAACGCGAUUUACCCCGUUUUCUACGAGAGGAACAGCAGGGCAUGCGAGGUCAUCACGCCCAACCCUUGCGGCGGGGGCGUGUGCGAAGUGCGAAGCGGCAGGGCGAGAUGUAACUGUCCCCCGGGUUUCGUUGAGCGUCUGGAGGAGAGUGCGCCCAAGUGUGUUACGGCUACACCGUGUGACGCUAAUCCCAACCCUUGUGGUGUCGGGACAUGCAAUAACGAGUUCGACGGCACCUAUACCUGUUCCUGUCCUGCGGGCUCCGUGAUUGGCUCCCGAACUGACCGUGCCAUGACCUGCAUCUGGUAUACAGUAACGCAGGGAGACACCUGCCCCAAAAUUGCAAACGCAGUGCAACUACCAGUGACAACAUUCCUCCGACUCAACCCAGGCCUCAGGUGCUAUGCUCCCGCCUUCCAAAUCGGCCAACCCGUGUGCAUCUCCGGAACCUCCACCAACAUCCAGAAGAUCAAGCUCUCCCCCAACAUCAUCCCCUACACUGUCCAACCCAACGACACCCUCGCUUCCAUCUCCGCCGAUUUCUCCUCCCGCUGCUCCAACGUCUCCUACCCCCGCCUCCAUCUGCGACUCAAACUCGCUCGCGGAUUGCACCGAUCAGGCGAUUGUUGA